AUGGCGCUCAAGGCACAGAAAGUCCCACCUGCCCCUCCCAGGCCGAAGCCAAACCCAACUCCAAGGACAGUAGGACAAUUGCCGCAGAGUCUCCGAGCGCCGCCACCGAAACGAGUCGACUUAUCGAGUCCCGCCUACAAGCAGGCCUCCAAGAAAUAUGUCAACUUCAUGAUUGCAAUGCCCAUUUUACUAGUCACCUCCUACUUUUUGUUCGACCGCCUCAUCGUGGGAAAUGAAGCCAAGACCCUCCACAAGCUCCCAACCGAUGGUCAUUGCAUAGAACACUCCGAGGCCUGA